AUGGUCUUGAGUUUACACGUGAAGAAGGAAGCCGUAUCUGCGGGGUACACCGACGCAGACUGGGCCGGCGACAUUGAGUCAAGACGAAGUACAAGCGGCUAUGUGUUCAUGAUGAGCGGAGGAUGCAUCAGCUGGAAAAGCCAGAAACAACGGACGGUCGCGCUAUCUUCAACAGAAGCAGAAUACAUGGCGCUUUCCGAAGCAACCAAAGAAGCAGUAUGGCUCAAGGUGCUUUUGGGGGAACUUGGUGAGAUGACAAGCGACGAAGCGAUCAAGAUGUAUGAAGACAACCAAGGAUCAAUCGCUCUCGCCAAGAACCCGGAGUUCCAUAAGAGAACAAAACACAUCGACAUACGCUACCAUUUUGUGCGUGAGAAGGUGGAAUCAGGUGAAGUCGUUUUGGAGUAUUACCCGACUCAAGAUAUGCUGGCAGACAUGAUGACCAAGCCGAUCGCCGCUGUACAAUUUGAAAACAUUCGCGAUCGACUUGGGAUCCAAGAUGCCGCAGCUAACGAGUCGAGAGGGAGUGUUGAAAAGACAGCGGCUGUGAAGAAGACACCUCGUCAAGCUGCGUCAAGUGUUGAAGCAAGUGGAAGACCAAGCUUCGCUAUACCGGUGGGUACCGGUAUGUACCAGUAA